AUGAAAGUCCUGAUCAAAUCUGAGGAGGAAUGUGAAGAAGAGAGUAAUGAAUCCCGUUAUGAGCAGCAGAAACAGGAGUACAAUGGAAGACAGCGACAGGGCCUCCUCUGUGAGCGAAGCUCUUCUCUGAAAACACACCAAAGAAUUCCUACUGGAACAAAACCUUUUCACUGCUUUCAUAGUGGCAAGAGUUUCAAACAUGCAAGGAACCUGAAGGAUCACCUGUGGAUUCAUACUAGAGAAAAACUGUAUCAGUGCGAACACUGCGAGAGGAAAUUCUCCCACGUACGACAUUUCCAGGAACACCAGCGCGUUCACACUGGACAAAAAUCAUAUCAGUGCAAUCAGUGUGGGAAGCGAUUCUCAUACACACGAGGCUUGAAAAGACAUCAAGGGAUUCACACUGGAGAAAAACCACAUCAGUGCGGUCUGUGUGGGAAGAGAUUCAGACUGGUGCAGAUUUUAAAAAAGCACCAAUUAACCCAUACUGUAGAUAAAACUCAUCACUGCUCUCAGUAUGGGAAGAGUUCAGGUCAAACCGGAACCUUACAGCAGAUCGUUCUGAAUGACAAAAAGCAAUACCUCUGUGCUUACUGCGGCAAGAGUUUCGGACAUGAAGGCAACCUAAGAACUCACGAGAGAGCUCAUACCGGAGAAAAACCUCAUCAGUGCAGCCUGUGCGGGAGAAAAUUCUCUCAUAUCAGCCAUUUUAAGGAGCACCAGAGAGUCCACACCGGAGAAAAACCUUAUCAGUGCGGCCAGUGUGGGAAGAGGUUCCCGUACGCGCGAGGGUUGAGAAGACACGAGCAGACCCACACUGGAGAGAAACUCUUUCAAUGCUUUCAGUGUAAGAAGUGUUUCACACAGGAGGUAAACUUGAAAAUCCACCAGCGCAUUCACACCGGAGAGAAACCAUACAAAUGCUCGUACUGCGUGAAGACUUUCUCAAACACGAGAGCUUUGAAAUACCAUGAGCGGAUUCAUACUGGUGAAAAACCAUAUAAGUGCUCCGAGUGUGAGAAGGAAUUCAGACUCGGACAGUCUUUAAAAAGACACCAGAGAACUCACACUGGAGAGAAACCGUACCACUGCGGUCAGUGCGAGAGGAGAUUCGCCAACAACCGAUCCCUAAAAAGGCACCAGAGUACUCAUACCUGA